AUGCCGACUCCAGCCCCGACGGCCCCACCGACAGUCCAAGGGGAGUUCGCUGUAACGGUGCCCGGCCCCGAGGAGUUUGUGGAAAAUUGCACCAACAACAUAGACGUUCGGGAGGCACUUCAAGCAUCGAUUGCAAGUUACCUCAACAGCACAGUAGCCCCUGAUGACAUCACCGUGUUCUGCAGCAUUGAGAACGGCAGCCUUGGUAACGUCACCGUUGAGUACGAGGUCGCACGCCGUCUGCUGGCUGGCAACGUCACCAUUGAUUAUGAAAUUGCUGUGCCGGAAGAAGAAGCCAGUUCGGUUCAGGACAAUGCGACGGCGUUAUUGAGUUCCCAGGCGUCUAGCCAGAACUUGGCCAGGCUCGCCACCAUCAUCAGCAAUGAGCUCUCCACCACUGCAACCAGCGCGUCCAGCAAUGUCAUCGAGGUAGUCGGAGGCUCGGCGGCCAUGGUUGUCAUUUCAACACAUCAUCCGACGCCGAGUCCGACUCCCAGUCCGACGCCUUACCCGACGCGGAGUCCGACUUCCAGUCCGUCGCCUUACCCGACGCCGAGUCCAACUGCCAGUCCGACGCCACACCCGACGCCGAGUCCGCCUCCUUACCCGACGCCAAGCCCCACGGCUUCAUCGACGCUCGCCCCUCCUCCCAUGGCUGGGCCUUCCAGUGGACCCCUCUCAGCAACAGGCGAUCCACACUUACAAAAUGUCUACGGUGAACGUUUUGACUUGAUGAGGCCUGGCAAUCAUGUCUUGGUCAACAUUCCUAAGGGCCAACGUGUUGAGGAAUCGCUGCUUCAUGUAGAGGCUGUCGCGGUGCAAUUGGGUGUACAAUGCGCAGACAUAUAUUUCCAAGAAUUGAACAUGACCGGGGUGUGGGUGGAGACUAAACGGACCGGCGGGCUCCAUUUCCAUGCCCAGGAUGUGAGCGACGAAGCACCGAAGUGGGAACAUGUUGGGAAGGUAGACGUGAAGGUAGCCCAUGGGCGCACUCAGCAAGGCAUUCCGUACCUGAACUUCUACGUCAGGCACCUCGCACGCGCUGGCUUUGCGGUAGGCGGGCUUCUGGGAGAAGAUGAUCACUCCGAGGUGGCGACGAUCUCCCCAGCCUGUGUGCGGCGCCACGCCAUCUCUCUGUUCGAGCCGCGCCGCUGA